AUGGCGGGCGUUCAAGCGACACUGACACGAUUUAUUCUUAACCCAGCGAAUCAUGAUGUCCUCGCUCUAGUCAAAGGUGCCCGCAAUGGGUUGGUCUACGGCACCAAGAUCCGUUUCCCACACGCGCUUGUCAUGACAUUCCUUUUCGGAUCAGGCACCCCAAGCCAAAAAAUGAACAAAAUUUUGCAGGCGACUCGGCAACAUGCGACACGCCUUGCCUUAUACGUGCUCAUUUACAAGUCAUUUUUAUUGGUGCAGCGUGAUAUGUUUAGUACCGGCAAAGAUAAAGGCAAAAACACGGGCAUCCAAGUGUUUCUCGCUGGCUUUGUCGGCGGCUGGUACAUGUUUGGCGAGCGGACGCCGGUGAACGAGCAGAUUGUGCUGUACUGUGUCGGCCGCUGCAUUGCGUCGCUUUUGCCGCGUGAGCCUGUGCCGCCGAACUACCCCGCCAACAAAGUCAUUCCCAUUAACAACAACGCACACCGAAUCUUUGCUGCGCUUGUGUGGGGAUGGGUUAUGUGGCUCUUUAUGUUCCGUCGCCAGAAACUCAACGGAGGUCUUGUCAACAGUAUGGACUGUGCGUAUUAUUUGUGGUAUGAGACUGACACCUAG